AAAGAAAGUGGGAAAGGAAGCGCUGCCGCCGCCAUUUCACGUGAAAAGCAGCGCGGUAGCAUCUCAGCCUAGAGGCCUGAUAGUCGGUGGAAAAAAAAACAAGAUUUGUUUCAGCUUACUAGAGUGGCUGUUUUGGGUUCACGAGCGCCGGUUUUAUUACGUUGUAGGGCAUUGUUUUCAGUCCUUAACGACUAGUUCUGCCGGUCCUUAAAGACAAAAUGAGCUACGGUAGGCCGCCGCCAGACGUCGAGGGGAUGACCUCCCUGAAAGUGGAUAACUUGACAUACCGAACUUCGCCGGAAACACUUCGACGUGUUUUUGAGAAGUACGGUCGUGUCGGAGAUGUGUACAUUCCCCGGGACCGGUACACAAAGGAGAGCCGUGGUUUCGCCUUUGUGCGUUUCCUCGACAAACGCGACGCCGAAGACGCAAUGGACGCCAUGGACGGCGCGCUGCUCGACGGGCGGGAACUGCGAGUUCAGAUGGCCCGCUACGGACGACCACCGGACUCUAUGUACAGCCGGAGAGGGGCUCCGCCGCGGAGAUAUGGAGGCCGCUCAGACAGCCCUCGUCGUCGCAGACGUAGCCGAAGCCGCUCCAGGAGCAGAAGCCGGUCCCGAUCCAGGAGCCGCAACCGCUACAGCCGCUCCAGAUCCCGCUCCUACUCCAGGUCGAGGUCCAGGUCAAAGUCCAAGUCCAGAACCUCCAGGCGGAGCAAGUCGAAGUCCCCUUCCAGGUCUCGAUCACGUUCCAGGUCCAAGUCCCGUUCUAGGUCCAAGUCCAGGAGCCGAACCCCAACUUCCAACAGGGGCUCAAAGUCCAGAUCCAGGUCUAAAUCCAAGAGUGGACCUAAAUCACCAGGUCACAUCGAAGCAGAGUCUUAACCAAAGCCUGGACGCAAGAUGAAGCUGCUGAGUCCUGUUUGCAAAGAGAGGAGGAGGAGAUGGGGGUGUUGCAGUGUGAGAGCAGUUAGUGUGUGACCCGCCCAUGUGACCUGCCUUGUUGCUGAGAGCCAUGGCAAUUGCUAAGGAGCAGGUCACCCAGGCAACGGUGGUUGCUAUGGAGCAGGUCGUCAUGGCGGUGGUUCGGGCUGUCAGUUGGUGUAUAUGUUGGUGUGGUGAGGUACGUUCACGGGGGACCACGGGCAGAUGCAGUGAGCAGUUUUCCCACCCGUGCCUGUGGUUUCCUCCACCUCUCACAGAGGGAGACGACCCCGAGGUUUGUUUUUUAAAUAUGCCCAGAGUGUAAGACUCUUGCUAGAGCUAGUGUUGGGGAGAGCUGGGCCAUGAGAAAUGUAUACACAAAUGUCAAUGUUAGUUAUAAUAAACAUUACUAACAAAGGGCCAGUUUUCUAAAUGCUAGCAUCAGGGCUAAGCUUAUUACAAAAUCAUAUUUAGACCUUCAGGUCAGCGAUAGGAAUUUAUACAAACUUCAGCUUUUGCUCCCAGUAACUUUAUCCCGUUUUUCCUUCCAGAUCUCAGAUGCUUUGAGCCUUUGUGGAAGACAUCAGGAACAGCCUGAGAAUGAGCAAGAGGACUCCAUUGUUACCACUGAAAGCAGACCGAAAGGUUAUUGGAUGUUUUACCUGUUUUAGUUCUUAAAUCUGCCCAAACAAGUUCUGUGACAUCUGUAAGCAGUUUGUUGAAAGGGAUUUGUUGAGGGUCUUCUGUUUUUCAGCUAUUAUCCAUUUUCUUUGUUUUGUAAAUUUCUCUGUAAUAACUAGGUUGCCUUCAGUGAGAUCCUUUUCUUAUACAUUAAAAAAAAUAACUUUUGAAAGUUUGUUCAAUGCGUUCAAUGUUAGCAGUGUGUGCAGCUGCCUCUCCAUGGAAGAUGGUUUAGUGUACAUUGACAUAAGCACCAUUUAAGUUGUGACCUGUCUACCACAGCAGCAUAUUUUCUUUCUGUGAAUUCUAUAUUUUCUCUGUUUAGUCAAAGUUGCUUUCCUAUGACUCUAACCCUCUUUCUUGUGUAUCUUUUGUGCACUAGGCGCAGUUGUGUAGCAGUUGAGUAAUGCUGGUUAGCUGUUAAGAUGCGGUGCAGUGCGGUGGUGACAUGGUGUGGCGUGUUGCGGUGCUGAGUGCCCGGAGCUGUUCCGGGGCUCGACCCUUCGCUGCCGUUUGCUGGUUUGUAAGCUCACAGGUGUUGCAGAUCAACCAUCCUCUUCUGUGUCGUGACCUCUCUUCCUACAUGUUCUGUACAAAUUUUCUUUCUUUCUCCCUCCUCUCCCAUGUCUCUCCUGUUUCCCCCUCUGUGACUUACCCACUGUUAACUGGUUUUGCUGGCUUUGAAGACGGGUCCCCUUGUGAUCCCCUGGGAAAGGUUUAAGGGGCAAUAAUGGCUGCUUUUGGGGUAAAAAUGUGUAUUGCAUUUUUUUGUGAAUUUCAAAUCUCUUGUAUUGCUUUAUGUGAAUGCUAAUAAACAUCUUUGAGAAAAGUGA